UGCUGUUAUUUUUUUGGUUACAGUUUUCUCUUUGUGAUCUCAGCAAUUGGCAACUCAACCGUGUUGUAUCUAUUAACCAAACGACGUUUACGUGGUCCGUCGCGGAUUGACAUCAUGUUAAUGCAUUUGGCGAUAGCCGAUCUAAUGGUGACUUUUCUACUGAUGCCGCUAGAGAUUGCGUGGGCCUAUACAGUGCAAUGGAAAUCGACAGAUUUCGUAUGUCGUCUUAUGAGUUUCUUUAGAGUAUUUGGUCUAUACCUAUCGAGUUUCGUGUUGGUAUGCAUAUCGAUUGACAGAUAUUAUGCUAUAAUUAAACCUUUGAAUCUUACAAAUCGUGGACGCAUAAUGUUGGUCAUAGCCUGGUGUAGUUCCAUAUUGUGUAGUUUGCCACAGGCAUAUGUAUUCCACUUGGAAGAGCAUCCGAAAGUUAAAGGCUAUUAUCAGUGUGUAACAUUUCAUUCAUUUGCCAGUGAAUUUCACAAAUUAUUCUAUAACAUUGCCAACAUGUGCGCCAUGUAUGCCUGUCCAUUGAUCACUUUUAUCUAUUGCUAUGGGGCAAUCUACUUGGAAAUUUAUCGCAAAAGUCAGCGUAUAGUUAAAGGCAUUGGUGAAACGUUUCGUCGUUCCAAUGAUGAUGUUUUGAGUCGUGCCAAAAAGAGAACUUUAAAAAUGACCAUCACUAUUGUUAUUGUUUUCAUUAUAUGCUGGACUCCUUAUUAUAUCAUCUGUAUGUGGUACUGGAUAGACAAAUCAUCAGUGGAUGAGGUCAGUUCUUUGAUACGCAAGGGAUUGUUUAUAUUUGCCUGCACCAAUUCAUGCAUGAAUCCCAUUGUCUAUGGGGCAUUUAAUAUACGGGGACGGAUAAGUCAUAAUCAUACGUCCACCAUGAGUAAUCGUCACACGUCUUUAUACCAGCGAGGAGAUUCCUCAAAUCAGUUGCCAAAACAUUUGCUAAAUAUAAAUGGAGGCAGCGGUAAAAUACCAACAACAAAUUCUUUGUCAACGCAGGAAAAUAAUGGUAAUAAAUUGAACAGUUUAACAACAGUGGACAAACAUAACAAGGACAAUGAAACCACAGCCAUGAUAUGUAUAAAUUGUGGUGACUCUAUUGAACUUGCUAAUCUUCAAAAAUCUUAAAAAAACAGCAACAACACUAUAUAAAAAUGCUCAAAAGUUUUAUACAACAAAACAUGCUGUUUGUCUGUUUUAUUACAACAAUUUAAUGAUCAUUAACUGCUAAUACAAAAAGAGUUAAUUAACUCGAUUACUUGCAUUAAUAGACUUUUCUUUAAUAUAUUUGGCUACCU